AUGGUUUCGCCGUUUGGCGGCCUGGCCCGCGAGCCCGGUCUGGCGUGCGGCUCACAGAAAGUCCGUCGGUGGGUACGUGAGGAGGAGAUCUGGCCGGGCAGGGGCCCGCCCAGAAGUGCAGGGGUAGCUGGGUCUGGCUUGGUGAAAAAGAAAUUCUGGUAUAGGCCGUGGCCCCAACCGCCAAUUGGGGGGCCACCAAUCGACGCGUCUCGACGAGACGAUCAUAACGGUACAGGGCACGCCUCGCUGACGCCUCUCCCCCGAGCCGUGGUGGCCGUUUGA